AUGAGCAGCAGGAACCCACCCAGGCUCCUGGACCUGGCCAUCCAGAGCGUGUUGCAGGACGAGCCCUCGGCCAUUGCUGCACUGGAGUGGCUGCCCACACAACUCUUCCCACCACUGUUCAUGGCAGCUGUCAUCGGGGGACACAGAGAGACAGUGAAAGCCAUGUGGCAUAGUCAGAAAACUCCCCUCCAGAUUUCGGAGUGCCGGGACAAGCAGCGUGGCUCUCCCAGAAGUCUGAGCAGAGCCCUCCCUCUUUCCAUUCACAGGUCAGGACUCCCUUUGGAGCGAUUGAUCAGCAUGAGCAGCAGGAACCCACCCAGACUCCUGGACCUUGCCAUCCAGAGUGUGUUGCAGGACGAGAACUCAGCCAUUGCUGCACUGGAGUGGCUGCCCACACAACUCUUCCCCCCCUUGUUCAUGGCCGCUGUUGUUGGGGGACGCAGAGAGACAGUGAAAGCCAUGGUGGGGUGCUGGCCUUUCAUCGGUCUACCACUCGGGGCUCUCGUGAAAUCUGGGCAUUCUGACCAGGACAUCUUACACGCGGCCCUGGAUGGUUUCCAUGUCCUGCUUACCCAGAAACUCCCACCAAGGAGAUGCAGACUGAGAGCGCUGGAUGUCCGCCUGGACACGGACACCAACUUCUGGAAAGUGUGGUCUGGAAAUGAAUCCAUUGCCUCUGUGCCCUCAUCAGAGGAUCCAGUGACCACCCAGCCCCGAACUAGGACUCAAAAAGGGAAGGAUUCCAGAGCAGGGGAGAAGCCUCAGUCCUCCACCUCCAUGGUGUUGCUCACAGACCUGCGUUUUCUUGAUACAGCCCCAGAUGAAUUGUUCACCGUUCUCAUGGAAAGGGUCAAGCAGGGAAAGGACCUGCCACCCCUGUGCUGUAGGAAGGUAGAAAUUGUAGGCGGUCUAUCGGAACUUCCCGUUAUUGAGAAGAUCCUGAAUGUGGUGCAGCGGGAUGCUGUCCAGGAGGUGGCAUUUCACUGCUGGUGGAACCUGAAGAGCCUCAACUGGUUUGCUCCUUUCCUGUCCCAAAUGGGUCACCUGAGCACACUCCAUCUUUCCCGAAUAAGCCUGGAUUCCCUGGGAUCACGUACCGUGGAUAAAGUGGCGAAGCUACUUGCAAAAUUGACCUCUCACCUCCUUAGUCUGCAUCAACUCCAGCACCUCAUUCUGGAAACUGUGUUCUUCCUCAAUGACCACCUCUGUCAGCUGCUCAGUUGCUUGCCUACCACCUUGGAGUCCCUGACCUUGAAGUACUGUGUGCCUUUGGACGCUGACCUGUCAAGUCUGCACUCUUGUCCUAGCACCAGGCAACUAAGGUCCCUGGACUUGAGUGGUAUGUUCAGGGCACGCUCAAUGAGGGCAUACCUCCCAAAGCUGCUAGAGAGGGUCUCAGCCACCCUGACCCACCUAAGCUUAACUGACUGCGGCAUCAAUGACUCUGAGCUCACUGCCUUGCAGCCUGCUCUGGGCCACUGUUCCCAGCUCAGCACCUUGCUGUUGGGUGGAAAUCCAGUCUCCAUGGCUGUCCUGCAGGGUCUGCUUCAGCACACUUGGCCACUGUGCAAGUUCUCCCUUCUGGGACUCCCUGUCCCUCAGGAUUGCUAUGAGGAUCCAGAAGGUUUUCUGCACGAAGAUACUUUUUUAGAGGUAAUUCGGCAGCUCAGGGUGACCCUGCAGGCCUACAGGCCCCUGUCUGUCAGUUUUGUUCCCAGCACAUGUGACAGAACUUGGGAUGAAAUCCUUCUACGCAUGGACAGCUAAUGUCAUUACCGUCUUCUUUACCAAGUCUUCCCAAAUCUAACCUCUGCUUCUGGUCUGCUGUCAAAUAUAUGAUUAUUUGUGGUUAGGAUUGUGAAGAUUAGCUUGUCUUUGUUAUGACAGUGUGGCCAUUUGGAGGUGAAGAUUACAGGAGGCAUCUAACAUCAGCGGCCUUCUCCCAGUCCUCCCUUGCUGGCUUCAUAUCUCUCUUCGUCUCUCUUCUAUGAGACAUGAACACAGAGGCCAGCAGAUAGGACCCAAAAGGCAAGAGGAAAGUGUGUUCUUGGAACCCAAAUCCUUGCUCUGGGAAUCUUAUAGACU